AUGUCCGACCAGAGACGCCUCUCUCGUCGUCGGGUUCACGCCGUAGCCGCCGGCGCCGCCCCAGUCGCGUCUCUCCGGCAGAGAUCCAAGCCCAUCCGCCGAGCAGAGGGGCCAGGGCCUAUCCACCGUUCCUCCUCCGAGCCAGCACUCAGGACGGGGCGAUGCGCCUCCGACGAGGAUGUCGGCGCCGGCGGCCCCGGGGCCUUCCAAGUCCACCGCUACAACACCUCUGCAAACAUCAAUUACACGGGCGUUGAUCUCUCCCCUUCGCAGACAAAAUCUGUUGAGGUAUUUGUUUUCCUAUUCGUUUUUUUCUCCUUUUUCUGACGACGAGUUGAUAGUUUGGUUGGCGGUUGUUCUCGGUGGCGCAGCAGGGUAGCAGUAAGGGGAAGGGAGAGAGGAAGGUGCUGGUGACCGUGACGGUAGAGGGGAGCCCGGGGCCGGUUAGGGUACUGGUAGGGCUUCAGGAGAGCGUUGGGGAGGCGAUCCGGGCUGUGGUGGAAGGCUACUGCAGGGAAGGCCGGAGCCCCAAGCUGGACCCCGCCGCCGUCGCCUCGUUCCAGCUCCAUCACACCCAAUUCUGUCUCGAAAGUAAACCCGAUCUACAAGUCUUGUGUUCCUUUGCCUCAUUCAGUGAGGAGGAGCAUAUUACUCUCCGACUAAUCGCCGAAUGAACGGACUCGUUGUUGCAGGCCUCAACAAGGAGGACACUCUCGGCCAAGUAGGCAGCAGGAACUUCUACCUCCGCCGGAGUCGACCCGGUGUCUCCGCCAGUUCCAUCUCCUCUGGCAAAAGUGUCAGGGGGCAUGCGCUGCCGCUGCUGUCGGCCCACCGUCUUCUCUCUGCUGUCGCGGGGAGGCUGAUCAAGAUUUGGACGAGGAUGACGGAUGUCUGGAAGAACUUGGUUUGUUUCGCGUGCGGGUGA